AUGAUCCCUGCCCUCAAAGAGUUUUCGGUGCAAUGGAAUAAAAAGAUAGUUUGUGUGAGUGAUCUCAGCCUCGUGUUUGUAUUAGAGGAGGAUCAAGAGAGAAUACAAAUGAUUUUCACACCUGAGAUUUUCCAGUGGCCCGUCCUGGAGCGUGCGGGCCGCCCAGGGGGGCAUCACCGGGCCGUGGAGGGUGCGGGCAUGGGGGCACGGAGCGGGUGGGAGCGGUGGCGGGGGGGCGAGAGGCUGCAGGCGGCCCUGGCCGGGCUGCAGGAGCUGGUCCAGCUGCGGGCCCGGCAGCAGCAGCUGGUCAGCGCCGCCCUGGCUCUGGGCCCCGGAGGACCCCCGCCGCGGCCCCCGGCCCCCGAGGCCCGCCUGGAAGCCUCCCUCGCCGCCCUCAAGGAGCAGCUGUCGCAUCUAAGACGACAGGAUAUUGGCCUGAAAUCCCACUUGGAUCAACUUGACCAGCAGAUAAAUGAAUUGAAAUUGGAUGUGAGCCAAACUUCCAGCGAAUACUUGGACAGUGACAGCAGGCCCAGCUCAGGCUUCUACGACCUGAGCGAUGGGGGCUCUGCCUCUUUGUCCACCUCUUGCGCUUCCGUCUCCAGCGAGUCCAUCUCCUCCUGGUCCGGCGGCCCGCGGCCCGGCGGGCAGCCCCCCAGUGCCGCCAGGCUCGGCCUGCUCGAUUACAGGCCCAAGUCCGCCGACGGAAUCACGGUCCAGGCUGUCCCCCUCCAGCAGCGGGGGGUCUACGUGCCCGAGGGGGGCUGGGGCAGAGCCGGCCUGGAUCCCCGCCGGGAGGCUGGGGGCAGGCCCAAGCCCAGACCCGUUUCCACAGGUGACCUGGGAAGAACAGGACCACUAUCUACGGAACUGCAGAAGGCAUCGUCGCCCGAGCUGAGGCCCUCAUCCCUGCUCGUCCCCGGGGCUGACGUUCAGUUCCUGCCAGUGGACCCCAAGUACCGCAGCGACCUGGUGUCCAGGAACGGCAGUGAUGUGUACCUGUACCCCAGCCCCUUGCACGCUGUGGCCCUGCAGAGCCCCCUGUUCUCUCUGGCAGGGGGCCUCUCACCUCUUAGGCCCCCCACCUCUGAAGCUGCAGCUCCCAGACUCCUCGGGGUCAGGCCGGGGGUGGAGGAGGGCUAUAUCGAUAAGCUGCUCCGGCUGAACCAGUGCCAAGGCAACUGCACAAGGGGAGCUGGGCCGAGGGGCUCAAUCCAGGGGCCGCUCUCCACUCCCACCUCCAAAGGGGCUGGGCUGAGAACUGGGUCUGGCCCCAAGCUCCAGAAGCAGGUCCUCUGCUCCCCAGAAAGGAGUGGAGCCGGAGAAAGAGGGCAGGGGGAAGCACAGUCCCAUGCAAACCUUGAACAACCGACCAUCCUGCCGGUCACAGAGUCAGUGGCCACCAAGCACUGCCCCGCUGGCAAGCUGGCCGCCAGCAACUCCUCUCUCGCGGCCCCCGUGGGGGCUGGCGCAACUCUGGCACGCAGAGAGGUGGGCAGGGGGAGACCCGGGCGGUGUCUGGAGGGGUUAGUUUCGGACCAGCUUCUCCAGCGGCGGGAGUCUCUCUCCCUGAGACCAGCCCCCGUCCUUCCUGAGGUAAAGACUUUGAAGAUAAAGAGGAGAAACAGCGAGAAGGUGCAGAGGCUGUUGCCAGGGAGAAUGCCGGGCACUUCUUGGGCGGGCCUCGGGCUGAGGUUGGAGGACGAUCCUUCCCCCAGAGCCCACGGGGGCCGGGGACUGGUUAGGAGACCCACGUUCUCUGGGGAGGGGCCGACCCGGUUCUGCUCGGAAUCCAGCUUGUACCGGAGGCCGGUCGGUCCGUCCCCAGCCCUGCUGUCCCCGCCGAAGCUCGACAGAGCCCCAACCCACUCCUCCUUCCGUCCGACCACAGCUGCGUCCAGCACGGGCAUCCCCAGGGGCCCCAUCAAGAAGAAGCAGCGCAGGUGGCAGUCCAGCAUGGAGAUCUCCGCCCGGACACCCUCGGCCAACUUCCUGGGGAGCCGCGGGCUGCUCCCGGCCCGGAGGAGAGCCGGGGCCCUGCGUCUGGCCGGCCUGAGGGUCCGCUCUGGGUGCCCCCACCGCAGCCCCCCAGCUGGAAGCCAGUCAGACCAGUCCGAAUACUCGGCCGAAUGUGCCUCUCUCUUCCACUCCACGCUCACAGAGACCAGUGAGGAGGAGGACACUAGCGACUGCACGGCCAAUCGCUUCGGGGACAGCGAGUCCAGCGAUGGAGAGAUGGCCCACUUCAGUAGGAGCAGUCUGGCCCUCCAGGCCCGGGGGACCGGGGGUGAGUCAGCGUGGCCCAGAUCCAGGAUGCCAGCCCAGGUCCCUGCCCCUCCAGGCCCCCGGGUCUGCCGCAUCAAAGCCUCCAAGGCCCUGAAGAAAAAGAUCCGGAGGUUCCAGCCUGCCGCUCUGAAGGUUAUGACCACAGUGUAAAGGCCCCAGCCCAGCAGCUGCUCAAUGAAAGCUCUGGGGCUGAACUGGAAAUGACCUCAUAUGGACACAAAGGGCCUUUUCCUUUGCUAAUGACUAUAUGAAGAACAAUGCUUCUAAUUUCUUUCCCCCUUUCUGUCCAUUUAUUAUGCAAAAAUAGAGUCACAGAGUGGUGCUUUGCUUACAGGACUUUAUCUCCAGAAGUCACUGUUUAGAAAAGCUCUCCUCCACAAAGGACUAGCCCCAGCCUCUGAUCAGCAGGCUUUAAAGGGGGAUUUGGAAGUAUCCUCCUUAGCUGGACACUUUUCCCACUUUGGUGAUUUCUCCACUCAUCCCCCUUCCACACAGACUAGCUUCCCCUUUAGCAGCUGUUCUCUGUUCUCUCUGCCCCGUACCCCCGAGGCUGUCUGCUUCCCAGGAUAGGUACUAUCCUGUCUUUCUUGCCUCGGUGACAAUUCUCCAAACCCCCUGGAUGUUCUGAGCACCAGAACAAUUUGCCCCGAUUGAGCCCUGGGCUUGCUUCUGGAUGCUGCCUUUUCUACUGGAUGAUGAGCCGCCUUCUGAAACAGCUUGCCGAGGCGGGUGAUGUGACUCUUGUGUGACAGAGAGCGAUGUUCUUGUCUUCCAAAUCAGGGCUUCAAAAAUCUUCCAAAUCAGGACUUCCAAAUCAGGGGUUCAAAAAUAUAACUG